AUGAGUGUUGGAAGCCUCCAAGCUGCGUUGGCCAGCGCCACAAACGAGGUCACCGUUGCAGCCGCAAACAUUAACUUCGACUUCACGCUUGUCAAGUAUGAGGCUCCAAAAGAGUACCAACCUCUCGGUGCACUCCUUUCUCCUAAACGCAAGGAAAAUGCAGAAUUUGGACCUUCACACUGUACAGCACGCCGGCUGGCGUCCUUAUUCCACGAUGUCUGCCCGGAAACGCCCAAUUUGAUCAGCGCCUAUGGGAAGCGGGUGUCGGAGAUCUCAACGAGGGCGACCAAGAGACAGUCGACCAAGUUUGCUAAUUCCAUGUUCGAGUCGUACGCUGGUGUAGACGCGACAUCCAUCUGGGCUGCUGCCACAUCGUCGGAUCCUGCUGCGGCCGACAGGGGCGCAUUGCACAUCCACCUGCUGGCUAGCAUGCUCGCCAAGAUGUGGACGGCACCCGAAGCCGUGUCGAUUUGGUUCGAGCUCAUCUCCGAGAGGCAACGGAUGAUAAGCGAACAGCUGGAAAGAGGUGACGCCUUGCCGUUCUCGCUUGCGGCGGCAGCGGCACAACGUCAGAUACAGCGCUCUCAGCUCGCCGAGUGGGACGCCAGCGCCAGAGCCUGGCUGCAGACGGCCGACUCGGUUAUGGUUAAGGAGCAGGACCAGCUCCGAAUUAUCCUCGAAAAUAUCGAGCUAUCCACCAGCAGAGACCAGGGCAAGGCCUCGAUGGUCUACCUGAGUGUGACCCAAGCAUGGUGUAGAGCAUUGAUGGUAAUGGAAAGGCUUGUGUCUGGCGUCGCCCAGGAGGUCCACGAUGGGGCGGCUCUCGUUGGCCUCACGGCCUGGCACAUCUAUCCGGAUAUUCAUAUAUUUGGACCGAAAUCUGUCAAGGUAUCGAUGCAAGACCCGUUGGUCCAACCCGGCGGUAUAUUGACAUUAGGCUGCGGGCCUUCGGCGAUACCAUCGUCGCAAGGGGUCACCUGGUCGCUGUCACUCAAACAUCUCCGGUACUAUGGUCGGCCAGUGGAAACUCAGAGUGCGAUAGGUAUCCAUCGAUCUCAUUUAUCAUUCGAUGAGCUGAUGCUGGCCAUGCUCGGCUGUGUUGUCAACAUAUGGGGCCUCUCACGGGACAACAUGGAUUCCGCAGCCAGAAUAUUUUCCAAAUUAGUUCUGCACCUGGAGAGCCGUGAACAAAGCAAACUGGUUGAUCGUCACAUCCUACACGGUUUAAGACUACUUGGAAGAGCUGCCGACGCUCACAUCGAAGAGAUGAAUACCACCACGCCUUUUGUGAACCUCGGCAUCAACAGGCCGCAAUUUCUGCCUGCCAAAUUCCGAAAUGUCCCCACGAGGCCUUUUUUUAGUUUGCUGGAAGAGGACACCUUCCUAGAUCGACUUAAAGACGAUGAAAGCAGGAUCAUGUUCCUAAGACGCAUAGCAUCGCGGUACCUGUCUCAACAUCCCCAGGCGUCCAGCUGCGUGAUUCGGUAUGCCAUCACGCAAACAAAGACCUCCUGGGCGUCCGUCUUCCCAAGCUCCAUCACGACUAGGAACCGCGCAACCUCGCGCAGCAGUGCCCAGUCCCAUCAUCGGUGGAAUGCGGAUCACACAUUGGACAAUGACAAGGAGAUCCAUCACCGGACGACACAACGGAGCCCGGCGCCGUUCUCUUUCAAGGACGGUUAUGUUUACAACCACCAACACGGCACGCCCAUCCCCAUGUCGCUGUGGUUCGGCAACGUACACGGGACGGCUCUCUAUCAGCCGUGCGAUCUAGCUAGACCUGCCAUGCCUCCGGCGCAAAUAGAACUGGAAGAUCUGCUCUGGGCUCUCGAGUAUGACCUAAUGGCGGACAUCCAAAUUCCCGAAGAUAAAGUGUCGUCCACCUUGAGUCUCUUGGCAGUCGCCCACUCUGGGGUGCUAGGGAGGCUUGAGGGACUGAUGAUCCGGCUCAAGACUUUGUCGAAGCCGCUCACGGAAGCCAAAUGGGCGAAGGAAGUCGCCGUCAACUUCGACCAUCGACCUGACGAUAGAGGGUACCAAUGGAUAUCUGGAGCUCUUCCUAAAUCUAUUGGCGUGUUGUCGUAUUUCAUAUCUGAAUGCGACCUGCGGCCGACCGAUAUCGAGGAAAACGUUUGUGGCGUCUCUUUCGGAGACUCUAUAUUUGUCCCAGAGAACUUGACCCGCGAUCCGUUUGAGGCUUCUGAUGAGCAGGCCAUCGUACGAGUUUUGGGAAAUAUAGGCCUUCCGGGCUUCGUUAUGUUCUCUUCCGUCAUGGAACCGAUGGUGUCGGAGGUCAGCGAGUCGUCCUGGAAGCAAAAAGACUAG